AUGGCCACAGUCGCCCUCGUCCCUACCUCCUUAGAUGAUAUCCAUACACCUCCAGACUCAGUUGAUCCUGAUGCCUUACACCAACUUCGCGACCUCUUCUCCCAAUUCCCCGACCUUUUCUCCUGGUCCACUGAUUCCCUCGGCCGUACCCACCUCGUGCAACAUCGU